GUGUCACCGCGGGGCUGCUCCCCAAAAGCCAAACACAACACCGGUGUGGGCACCCACUUCCCACUCCCAGAGGGAUUGGGAUCAUCCUGUAGGAAAAAGCGCUGUAUCCAGCCCUCAUGGCUGGGGCUGGCAAUGGGGAGGCUGCUGUGCUGCACCCCAAAUCCCUUGGGAUGGAGGGGAUGUGCUAUCCCGUGCCUCCCUUGCAGGGCCCAGCGCUCCUGGCUCCCGGGGCUGCGUGCCCUGCUCCUGGCCCCGCUCCUCGCCUACGCCUCCGUGCCCUUCCUCGUCCGCCUCUUCCCCAGCCUGCUCACCAAAUUUGUCUACCUGAACUUCCUGGCCUUUCCCUUCUUCGUGGAUUUUCGGCGGCCAGAGCUGCUGGUGAACAACACCAUCAGUCUGUACCUCACCACUGAGCCAGGAGUCACCGUUGGCAUCUGGCACACAGUGCCAGGCAGCAGAGGGGCCGAGGCGCAGGGCAAGGACCAGCGCUGGUACGAGGAGGCUCUUGGUGAUGCUCACCCUGUGAUCAUCUACCUGCACGGCAAUGGGGGCACCAGGGCUGCAAGUCACCGUGUCCAGUUCUUGAAGACCAUGGGGGCUGCUGACUUCCACGUCCUGGCUCUCGACUACAGAGGCUAUGGGGACUCCACUGGACACCCCUCUGAGAGUGGCUUCACCACUGAUGUCCUGGCACUCUAUGACUGGGUGAAAGCACGGAGUGGCAACAGCAGCAUCCUCUUCUGGGGACACUCCUUGGGGACAGGGGUUGCCACCAACGCAGCGAGGAAACUGCAGGAGGAGCGAGGGGUCCAGGUUGAUGCCGUGGUCCUGGAGUCUCCCUACACCAACAUCCGAGAGGCGGCUGCCAACAUCCCCAUCACCAAGGUCUACAGGCAGUUCCCAGGUUUUGAGUCCCUCAUCCUGGACUCCAUGGCUCGGGCAGGAAUGUUCUUCAGCAGCGAUGAGAAUGUGAAGGUGCUGGGCUGCCCCCUCCUCAUCCUGCACGCAGAAGAUGAUGGAGUCCUGCCUCCAGAGCUGGGACGCAAGCUCUACGAGACAGCACACAAAGCCUACAGGGACAAAUCCAAGGUGAAGUUCAUUACCUUUCCUGAAAAGCUGGGCUUGGGCCACGACUACAUCUCCUUCAACCCAGAGCUGCCUGCCCUGGUGAAAGACUUCUUAAACCAGAAGUGAUGCCAGUUGCUGCCUGCAGUGAUCCCACACUCCCUCAAAUCCACUCCAGGACCCCCCCAUGGCACUGAACUUACUCCUGUAAGUAAUAAAAACUACUGAGAAACUUUUUAGUCA